ACUGUUCCAUCCCUUCAACCUGCGCUGCUGACUGCACAUACCCACAGUACUGACGCGGCCCUCCCGGUCAGAAAUAGCCGUCAUUUCAGUCGCAAAAAAGCCCAAAACACAUGUAUUGCGCGGUUUACAAGCGCAGAAUAACCACGGCGUGAUCUUGUGUUAAAGGAGAGCGAGCACGCGCCGCACACACGGGCGCAGAUGUGAGGGAAUAUACCUGCAGACUCCAGCUGCCAGCCACACUGAUGACAGAGCAAGAGGGAAGUCAGUUAGCCAGCUAACGUUAACCACCCGCAGCCAAACCCGACUAACAGGCAGGUAAAUGAGCGGCGAUCUGGACGGCAAAACGACAACCUGCAACUGGAGAAUCUGAACGGAGCCGGUCGUGCACUACUGAGAGUGUUUCGCUGACUGCACAGCCAUGAAGAGGGUGACAUUGCGCUGUUCUGCCCGGCUUGUAAUCGCGGCUUUGUGGCUGUUGGUGGAAGUGUGUCGGGCUGAGAGCGGGGCCCAGAUCCUGGCUGAACGGGUCAUCUGGGCUGUGAACGCCGGCGGGGACACGCACACAGACGUGCACGGCAUUCAGUUUAAAAAAGAUCCACUGGAAGGAAAAGUAGGCAAAGCAUCAGACUAUGGUGUGCGUCUGCCUAUCCUGCGCUCCAGCCCAGAGGAUCAGAUUCUCUAUCAGACAGAGAGAUACAAUGAGGACACAUUCGGUUAUGAAGUGCCCAUCAGAGAAGAAGGAGACUACAUACUGGUCAUGAAAUAUGCUGAGGUUUACUUCGCUCAGUCUCAACAAAAGGUUUUUGACGUGCGUUUAAACGGCCAUGUUGUGGUGAAAGAUCUGGAUAUCUUUGACCGUGUGGGUCACAGCACAGCUCACGAUGAAAUAGUGCCAUUCUCCAUAAAAAGAGGAAAACUGAGUGUGCACGGCGAAGUAUCCACUUUUAAUGGGAAGCUCACUGUAGAGUUUGUUAAGGGUUACUAUGACAACCCCAAGAUAUGUGCUCUAUAUGUGAUGAAGGGCAAACUAGAGGAUGUGCCAAAACUGCAGCCUCAUCCUGGUCUAGAAAAGCGAGAGGAAGAGGAGGAAGAAGAAGAGGAGGGCGAGGGCCCAGAGGGCGAAAAGAAGAGCACCUCCACUGCUCCCAAAAACCCAGUUCGCUCCGGCCCACGAACCCCCAACCCCUACGCCACUGACAACAGCAGCCUGAUGUUCCCUAUACUAGUGGCUUUCGGGGUCUUCAUCCCAACCCUCUUCUGCCUCUGCCGCCUGUGAGGGAGAACAAGUGAACGUGAGGGCGGACGGGCGGAAGGAAGGACAUCAGGCUGUGGAGUGGUGGGGGGUUUGACGCACAGCCGUGGGACAGGCACAAAAACAGACUGACGUUAUAACAGAUAGACAGACAGACGGAGAGCAAAAGAUGAGCGAGAGACCUGCAGAAACAAGGAGGUUUCAGGUAUUGCUAGUUAUUGAAAGAGGAGACCCAGAAAAUGUAAGGAUUUGGAGGGAGAGUUCAUUUCGUGUGUGUGUUGUGCUUGUGUUUGUACACAUUUAAUAGCAGUUUUAGUUUGAGGAGAUCUGAGAGGUACCGAUUGAAAUGCACGCGCAUAAACACACACACACACAAGUUUGCGGCAGGAAUAACCUCUUUAUAAACCUGGUUUGUCUGGUCUGGCAGGUGAUUCUGAGGUUGAGAAACUCCUAGAUCACCUGAUAAAGUUAUUGGUUUGAAGCUUUUUAUUUUUGAUCAGCUGUGGUGUUGAUCUGCUGUUGCUGUUUGGUUUGUUUGAUUGUUUUAUAAUUAUUUUUGGCCUCCUUAUUGGAGGCAGAAAUGGUACGAGAGUUUUAAGGAGCUGUUUUGAUUUGAUUUAAUUUGGUUAAUGCACCUCAGCAGCAGGUUAUAAAGCAUUAUUAAAUUAGAAAUUCUCCCAAAAUAUGAAAAUCUGCUGGAAAUUGAUGUAAUCUUGGUGACAUUUUUUUCUUCUAAAAUGGAUAGUUCACUCCAAAAUUCUAAUUGUCAUCAUUUACUCACCCUUUGCUUGUUUCAAACCAGUUUGAGGCUUUUUUUUUGUUCAGUUGAACACAAAAGGAGAUAUUUUGAAGAAUGUUGGGAACCUGUAACCGUUGACUCUUGUUUUUGUUUUCUACUAUGAAAUUUAAUAGUAACAGUUUUCAAAAUCCUUCAAAAUAUCUUCUUUUGUGUUCAAUAGGAACAAGUAAAUGUUGAGUACAUGAUCACAGAAUAGUCAAUCCUGUUAAGUAGAACAUUAAAGGAGAUUUUAAGCUUUAUUAAAAGUAAAAGUCAAUAGCUAUCAGCACUUUGAGAGUAAAUAAAACAUACAGGUGAAAGAAAAUUAAUACAUGUGGCUCCUGACAGUAUGUUGAGCUCUUAUGAAGCAAAACUGAAUCUUUAAGGAUAAUUUUGUAGCUAAUCUUAUGUUGUUGUUUUUUUUGCACAGACUGACUCUUCAUAAGACUUCACAUGUAGUAUUAUUAGGAACCACAGGGAUUCCUUUUGUUUUGUCUUUAUUUUGUUUUGUAUUUUGAGUCUUAAAGUGCCAGCAGCAGUUGACUUUCAUUUUAGGAACCACAAAUAACCACAGUUUUAGUUAAAAGUCAUCUUUAAUGUUCUGCCGAAGAAAGAAAGUCGCCCACAACCUGUAAAUUAACAGCAGAUCUUCAUUUUUGGGGGUGAAUCUUUACUUUCCUCACUUUUUAUUUCCCUUAAACUCAUACAAGCGUCUAUCACACAUUUUCUGCAGCUUCAUUAUUUGUUGUUAUAAUUUAAAGUGUUAGUUCAGUUCAAAAUGUUAUCAUUUACUCACCCUCAGUUUGUUCCAAAUACUAUAUAUGUUUUAAUCUUUCCGGAACACAAGUAGUCGGAUAUUUAAAUUACAAUUUAGAGAUUUUGGUCGCAAGACUGAAGUCUAUUCACCCAAAAUAGAUACAAUAAUUUUAUAUGAUUUACAGAUUUGACUUAGACUUAUCUAAACUAGUGAAGUUUAUUCUUGUGCGAGUUUUUGUUAACGUGUUGAAUAUUUGCGUGAACAAUUUCAAGCACAGAAAUCUCAUAUUUCAUUAAAGAUAUCUUAUUUUGAGUUCCAAAUAUGAUCAAAAUCUUCUGGGUUGGGCACGACAUGAGCGAGUAAAUAUGACCUUUCAUUUUAAGUUGAACUAACUCUUCAAAUUUACCUGGUGACCUGCUUUCUCAUUCUUCGAUCGCAAUUUGUCAAUACCUUCAGCGUCACAAAGCAGACAUAAAUUAUUCUCUUUUCCCCAUUUAGUCUCUGAAUAACGCAAUGUCUGAAUAGCGUAUUUCUUUCUUUUGAAGAGUGUAUAAUUGCUGCCCUUUUUUAGGUGGGAACAUGAGAUUGUAACAAAGGGUCUUUUGGGUCCUGCAUUGGACUAAAGUGCUUUUUAUGGUGUCAAACACCCUCAAUUUCCCCAGUUUCAUGAUGUCUAGGAUAGUAAUUCAAGUACUGCAAUCGUGACGUCAAGAAUGGGAAUUGCUACUGGUUCCCUCAAGUUUCAAUUGAUGAGUGAAACAUGGUCUGUGCUUAACAUAACUUGACGAUACCUGGAUAUUUUGUUCUACAUCUGAACCACACACACUGACACUGCAAAUGUUUUGAUCUACUUGCAUAGUAGAAACACAUAUUGUUAAAAAUAAAAUUCUGUUGUUUGCUUUUGAGUGUGUGUAAUUCAGUUGUUAGAACAAAACAUCAAGUAUCGUCAAGUUAUUAAAUUACUCAUGAUUUCCCUAUGAGUUUUAAUGGAAGACCCCACUUUAUUUUGGAAAUGGACUCAUUUUAAAACUUCAUAGGUCAAAAAUGUAAACAGUUUUUGACAACUUUUCUAAUUAAAGCUUGAUUGUUCUGUGGUUACAUUGUCUACUAAGACCGAUGGAAAACGAAAGUUGAUAUUUAGGUCAAUAUGGCCAGCAACAAUACUUCAGCACCAUAUUGGCCUAGUCUCUUUACAUGAUGUAACUUAAGAAGAGUCAAACUUUUAAAUGUUUUUGAGAGAGAUGCUAAUGGUCUAAUCUGAUUCAAUGAUUUAUGCUAAGCUAAGCUAAAAAAUGGAUUCCAAAAUAGCAAAAAAGUGUUCCUUUACUUGGGAGCAGUGGUCAAUUUCUGGGGUUUGAGAUCACUGCUACAACACCCUGUUGGUUAAUGUGAAUAAUGGCGUCUUAAUUAACAUCGCAAAAGGGCUCGAUGAUUUAUUACACAGUAGAGAGAAGUAUAGAUGCUCACAAGUCAUUACAUUUUGUCACUUCGACUUUUUUUCUUUUGGCCAUUGUUGGUUUUCUCUUGAUUUUUACCAGUGCCACCAAAGAAACAUGGAUUUGCGUCAUUCUGAAAACCACCAUCGUGUUUGUGGUGUGAGAAUGAAAGAGAGAAAUAGUUCACUUUGUGAAAUGGUUGAGAAAUAGUUCAACAGACCCAUGCCCGCCAUACACUGUGAGGUAUGGAUGCAGAAGCAUGAAUUUUCUAUUCAAGAUGGCAAAUUUCAUUUGCAUUCUGCCUCGUCCAUCUUUUUCUCAGCAUGUUUUGGUUUACAACUGUUGUCUUGCUAUUGUUUUGCAGUACUUUUCCUCUGCAUCCUUUUUGUUUUGCUCCAGCAAGCCUGCCUUCAAAUGUGACUUGGUGUCGAGAGACAAUGCUAAAACAUUAGAUCAGAAUCUCAAAGUGCGAGUGCUGCCGUUUCACAGAGUUUCUUUCGUGAAAACUUAUAAAAAAUGCCUUCACCUUAUCAAAAGUUGGAUGAAAGCACAGGCUUUGCCUCUAUUUGCUUUUUGUUUGUUUUUUAAAAUGGAAAACAAUCAUAAAACAUAAGGCACCUUUUUUAUUCGUCAGAGUCCUGGAGUUUUUGUCGCCAAAGUUGUUUUCUUUUUCUUAAAAGCGUUCACACGGUGCAUGUGUAUAUAAGGUACUUGGUUUGUUGUGCCAUACGGUUAUUUUUCUUGCCGGAAUAUUAUUAUUGCUCCUUAUUUUGUCCAUAAUGGCUAUUGGGGUGUCUGGGUUUUUAUAUAUGUUACCUAGAUUGAACGGCGGCCUUGAGUUGUUUUAGUUUUAGAUGAUUACAGAUUUGACUUGAUUUGCAGCCACAUCGACACACUGACGAUUGUCAGAAAGAGGUUAAUUUACCGUGGGGUUUUUAUGUUGUAUAAUUUAAGCAAAUGGGUUGAAUAUUAAAAAUAUUAAAAGACUUUAUUUUCCAGAAAGUAGUUGUUUUUAUUUCCUCAGGAUCUUUUGGAUUGAUUACUUUUUUAUGAUGCGUGUUUUACUAUUGCACUUCCUGGUGUUGUUUUAAAAGCGUUUGUUUGUUUGUGCGAGUUUUUUUCCUUUUUAUUUUUAUUAUUUUGCUAUGCAUUGUGUACUUUUAAUUCCUUGUUGCCUUAAAUUUGAAUACAUCCUCAUGUGCUUUACCAUUUUGUGCUUUCUGUUCUUAUUUCUGUUGGUUGAUUUGUUGCAUGCUUUUUUUUCAUUGUUUUGCCAUCUGAAAAACAGUAAUGUUGUGUUUGAUUUGUCCUGCACAAAUGCGCAACAUCUUGGACAAUAGCCAAAGACCACACGGAGGCCUUUCAUUGUGCCCUCCUUCAUAAACUUGUAUUGCUUCAUGCCACACAAUCUGCUGCGUUUGCGAGGGAUGCAGUUUCUCUGUUAAUGUUAGUCAUGUUUAACUACCUGUCCCCUCUUGACCCUCCUCCCUCACAACUGAAGAGAACAUGGGACCUGAAAUAGUAUUGGAUCGGUUUCCUCCACACUGUCUUUACUGAAGGCUUCUGAAGUGGGAACUGCAUAUUAAUGCUGUUUCUUUUUAAUAAAUGUGCUAUUUUAUCUAA